AUGUCUGAGACUUUCGAGUUCCAGGCUGAGAUUUCCCAGCUGCUCUCCCUCAUUAUCAACACUGUCUACUCCAACAAGGAGAUUUUCCUGCGAGAAAUCAUCUCCAACGCCUCUGAUGCCCUCGACAAGAUUCGCUAUGAGUCUCUCUCCGACCCCAGCAAGCUGGACUCUAACAAGGACCUCCGCAUCGACAUCAUCCCAGACAAGGAGAACAAGACCUUGACUAUCCGUGAUACCGGUAUCGGUUUCACCAAAGCUGAUUUGGUCAACAACCUCGGUACUAUUGCUCGCUCUGGUACCAAGCAGUUCAUGGAGGCUCUCACUGCCGGUGCUGAUAUCUCCAUGAUUGGACAGUUCGGUGUCGGUUUCUACUCUGCUUACCUUGUUGCUGACAAGGUUACCGUUGUCUCCAAGCACAAUGAUGAUGAGCAGUACAUCUGGGAGUCCUCUGCCGGUGGUACCUUCACCUUGACCCAGGACACUGAGGGUGAGCCCCUCGGCCGUGGUUCCAAGAUUAUCCUCCACCUCAAGGAUGAGCAGACCGAUUAUCUCACUGAGAGCAAGAUCAAGGAGGUUGUCAAGAAGCACUCUGAGUUCAUCUCUUACCCCAUCUACCUCCACGUCUUGAAGGAGACUGAGAAGGAGGUCCCAGAUGAGGACGCCGAGGAGGUCACCGAAGUUGAGGAGGGUGAUGAGAAGAAGCCAAAAGUCGAGGAAGUUGAUGACGAGGAGGAAGAUAAGGAAAAGAAGAAGACCAAGACUGUCAAGGAGUCCUCAAUUGAGGAAGAAGAGCUUAACAAGACUAAGCCCAUCUGGACUCGCAACCCUGCUGACAUUACCCAGGAGGAGUAUGCCUCCUUCUACAAGACCCUGUCCAACGACUGGGAGGACCACCUCGCAGUCAAGCAUUUCUCUGUCGAGGGUCAGCUCGAGUUCCGUGCUGUGCUCUUCGUUCCAAAGCGCCCACCAUUCGAUCUCUUCGAGAGCAAGAAGACCAAGAACAACAUUAAGCUCUACGUCCGCCGUGUCUUCAUCACUGACGAUGCCACCGACCUCAUCCCGGAGUGGCUCAGCUUCGUCAAGGGUGUUGUCGACUCUGAGGAUCUCCCUCUCAACUUGUCUCGUGAGACUCUUCAGCAGAAUAAGAUCAUGAAGGUCAUCAAGAAGAACAUUGUUAAGAAGACCCUCGAGCUCUUCAACGAGAUUGCUGAGGACCGUGAGCAAUUCGACAAGUUCUACUCUGCUUUCAGCAAGAACAUCAAGCUCGGUAUCCACGAGGACUCUCAGAACCGUGCUGCCCUUGCUAAGCUCCUCCGCUUCAACUCCACCAAGUCUGGCGACGAGAUCACCUCCCUCACAGACUAUGUCACCCGCAUGCAGCCACACCAGAAGCAGAUGUACUACAUCACUGGUGAGUCCAUCAAGGCUGUCCAGAAGUCACCCUUCCUCGACUCUCUCAAGGAGAAGGACUUCGAGGUUCUCUACCUUGUUGAUCCAAUUGAUGAGUACGCCAUGACUCAGCUCAAGGAGUUCGAUGGCAAGAAGCUCGUCGACAUCACCAAGGACUUUGAGCUUGAGGAGACCGAUGAGGAGAAGACCGCCCGUGAGGCCGAGGAGAAGGAAUUCGAAGGUCUCGCCAAGUCCCUCAAGAACGUUCUCGGUGAUGCCGUUGAGAAGGUUGUUGUCUCUCACAAGCUUGUCGGUGCUCCUUGCGCCAUCCGUACCGGCCAGUUCGGUUGGUCCGCCAACAUGGAGCGUAUCAUGAAGGCUCAGGCUCUCCGUGACACCUCCAUGAGCUCCUACAUGGCCUCCAAGAAGACCUUCGAGAUCUCCCCCAAGUCCCCCAUCAUCAAGGAGCUCAAGAAGAAGGUUGAGGCUGAUGGUGAGAACGACCGCAACGUCAAGUCCAUCACCCAGCUCCUCUACGAGACCUCUCUCCUCGUCUCUGGAUUCACCAUUGAGGAGCCAGCUGCCUUCGCCGAGCGCAUUCACAAGCUCGUCUCUCUCGGCCUCGAUGUCGAUGAGGAAGAGACCCCAGAGGAGAAGGCUACUGAGGAGACCGCCGCCGCCGAGCCCGCUGCCGCCAGCGCCAUGGAGGAAGUCGACUAA